AACGUUAUCCACUACCAAAAACCAAAUUCUCAAAACAGAGCAAAGCUAAAAAAAAGAAGCAUCAUCAGCUGUAGAAGCUCAACGAAGAAGAUGAAGCAAGGGCUCCUCUCAUGGAGUCACUGCCCAUACCCAAAACCCCUCUCCUCCCCUUUCUCCACCGCCAUUAAACCCAGAUUUACGAAACCUAAAUUAUCAACAAUCACUGUAACUCUCAAUUCUGUAGAUGAAAGCCCGCUUACUGGUCGAGAGAGAAGGCAGAUGAGGAACGAGAGACGAGAGAGCAAACCUGCGUACAAUUGGAAGGACGAUGUCGAGACGAAGCUCAUUAAGAAGCCGACCAAACGCUACGCCUCGUGGACGGAGGAGCUCAAUUUGGAUAAUCUCGCUUUGCUCGGGGAGCAAUGGUGGGUAAUUAGGGUUUCUAGGGUUACAGGCGAAGAAACCGCCGAGAGAAUGGCCCGUGCUAUGAUCCGAACUUUCCCUAGUAUGGAUUUCAAGCUUUAUCUUCCAUCGGUGAAAAUCAAAAAAAAAUUGAAGAGUGGAAUCGUCUCUGUAAAACCGAAACCACUAUUUCCCGGAUGCGUGUUUCUGAGAGCUGUAUUGAACAAGGAGUUACACGACUUCAUUAGAGAAUGUGACGGUGUUGGAGGGUUUAUUGGCUCCAAGGUCGGAAAUACAAAGCGUCAGAUAAAUCUACCUAGGGCAGUAGAUGAAGAUGACAUAGAAGCAAUGAAAAAGCAAGCAAAGGAAGAGCAGGAGAAAGCCGAUCGAGCUUUUGAAGAAGAAGAGCUAAAAGCGAGUGAAGCUAAGAAAAACGGGGCUGUAGACUCUCCUCUGGUUACACAGACAAAGAGUGGUGCACGAGGUAGAAAAGCUGCUACAGCGGGAAAAUCUACUUCCUUGAAACCUGGUUCAACUGUCCGAGUUUUAUCUGGAUCAUUUGCUGGAUUUUCAGGCACACUUAAGAAGCUUGAUAAGAAAACGGGGCUGGCAACAGUUGGAUUUACACUGUUUGGGAAGGAAACUUUGGCAGAUAUUGAUGCCAAGGAAAUUACCGCCGAGAUGAAUUGACAUGCAAUUACUGCAGAUCUUCUUAGAUGGUAAAUCAUAUAUUAAUGCACAGGAAAUACGAAUGGAAAAGAAAAAAACCAAGCACAAUAAACAUGCAACUAGAUGUUCGAAAAUUCGAAUUAUUGCUACCAUGGUUAACUAAAUAGGCUCAUUGAGAUUAAUUUAUCGGGAAAAUUGUUGAAGUCUGUCUGUUUAUGUUGUUGUAAGAUCAGAUAGGAAGGUGAUUAAAGUAAAAAUUACAGGAUCUGAGUUGUAAUUUUUACACACUGAAGGAAUAUGUAGAAAAAUAUAUGUUAGGCCUUCUGGUUUUUAAGUGGUCAUUGAAUCUUUUAUUAAUUUCGGGAAUAACUUGGAUUUGUUGAAAUGGUAGAGAUAAGCUACGGUUAGCUAUGAUUAAUUAAAUAAUUGGAAUUUGUUUGAUGUUUUGGAAACCCGAUAACUUAUUGGGUCGAUCUAAAAGUAUUAUGUUAUCAUGUUUUGUAAUACCUUUUAGUGUCAAUAAAACAAUUGUUUUUUUCAUUA